AUGAGGUCAGAAGCCUUGCUGCUAUAUUUCACACUGCUACACUUUGCUGGGGCUGGUUUCCCAGAAGAUUCUGAACCAAUCAGUAUUUCGCAUGGCAACUAUACAAAACAGUAUCCGGUGUUUGUGGGCCACAAGCCAGGACGGAACACCACACAGAGGCACAGGCUGGACAUCCAGAUGAUUAUGAUCAUGAAUAGAACCCUCUACAUUGCUGCUAGGGACCAUAUUUAUACUGUUGAUAUGGACACCUCACACACAGAAGAAAUUUAUUGUAGCAAAAAACUGACAUGGAAAUCUAGACAGGCUGAUGUAGACACAUGCAGAAUGAAGGGGAAACAUAAGGACGAGUGUCACAACUUCAUUAAAGUUCUUCUAAAGAAAAGCGAUGAUACUCUGUUUGUCUGUGGAACUAAUGCCUUCAACCCUUCCUGCAGAAACUAUAAGAUGGAUACUCUGGAACCUUUCGGGGAUGAAUUCAGUGGAAUGGCCAGAUGCCCUUACGAUGCCAAACAUGCCAACGUUGCCCUGUUUGCAGAUGGAAAACUAUACUCAGCCACAGUGACUGACUUCCUUGCCAUUGAUGCGGUCAUUUACCGGAGUCUGGGAGACAGCCCAACCCUACGGACCGUCAAGCAUGAUUCCAAAUGGCUGAAAGAACCAUACUUUGUCCAAGCAGUGGAUUAUGGAGACUACAUCUACUUCUUCUUCAGGGAAAUAGCAGUGGAGUACAACACCAUGGGAAAGGUAGUUUUUCCAAGAGUGGCUCAGGUUUGUAAGAACGACAUGGGAGGGUCCCAAAGAGUCCUUGAAAAACAGUGGACGUCUUUCCUUAAGGCUCGCCUGAACUGCUCAGUUCCCGGAGACUCUCAUUUUUAUUUUAACAUACUCCAGGCAGUCACAGAUGUGAUUCGUAUUAAUGGCCGUGAUGUUGUCCUGGCAACCUUUUCCACACCUUACAACAGCAUCCCUGGGUCUGCAGUUUGUGCCUAUGACAUGCUUGACAUCGCCAAUGUGUUCACUGGGAGGUUCAAAGAACAGAAGUCUCCAGAUUCCACUUGGACACCAGUUCCUGACGAAAGAGUGCCCAAACCCAGGCCAGGUUGCUGCGCUGGCUCAUUGUCCUUAGAAAAAUAUGCAACCUCCAAUGAGUUUCCUGAUGAUACCCUGAACUUCAUCAAAACGCACCCACUCAUGGAUGAGGCUGUGCCUUCCGUCAUCAACAGGCCAUGGUUCCUGAGGACGAUGGUCAGAUACCGCCUGACCAAAAUUGCAGUGGACAGUGCUGCUGGGCCCUAUCAGAAUCACACUGUGGUUUUCCUGGGAUCAGAGAAGGGGAUCAUCUUGAAGUUCUUGGCCAGGAUAGGAAACAGUGGUUUCCUAAAUGACAGCCUUUUCCUGGAGGAGAUGAGCGUUUACAACCCUGAAAAGUGCAGCUACGAUGGGGUAGAGGACAAGAGGAUUAUGGGCAUGCAACUAGACAAAGCCAGCAGCUCUCUGUACGUUGCAUUCUCCACCUGUGUGAUAAAGCUUCCCCUGGGCCGCUGUGAACGACACGGGAAGUGUAAAAAAACCUGUAUCGCCUCCAGAGACCCAUACUGUGGGUGGGUAAAGGAAGGAGGUUCCUGUGCCCAUCUGUCACCCAGCAGCAGACUGACUUUUGAACAGGACAUAGAACGUGGCAACACAGAUGGCCUGGGAGACUGUCACAAUUCCUUCGUGGCCCUGAAUGACAUUUCAACUCCUCUUCCAGAUCAUGAAAUGUCUUACAACACAGUAUAUGGGCACUCCAGUUCCCUCUUGCCCAGCACCACCACAUCGGAUGCAGCGGCUCAAGAGGGGUAUGAGUCUAGGGCGGGAAAGCUGGACUGGAAGGACCUGCUGCACUCACCCGACAGCACAGACUCUUUGGGGGCGGUGUCUUCCCGUAAUCACCAAGACCAGAAGGGAGUGAUUCGGGAAAGUUACCUCAAAGGCCAUGACCAGCUCGUCCCCGUCACCCUCUUGGCCAUUGCGGUCAUCCUGGCUUUUGUCAUGGGGGCCGUCUUCUCCGGCAUCAUCGUCUAUUGCGUCUGCGACCACAGGCGCAAAGACGUGUCCGCCGUGCAGCGCAAAGAGAAGGAGCUCACCCACUCGCGCCGGGGCUCCAUGAGCAGCGUCACCAAGCUCAGCGGCCUCUUUGGGGACAGCCAGUCCAAAGACCCGAAGCCGGAGGCCAUCCUCACACCACUCAUGCACAACGGCAAGCUCGCCACUCCCGGCAACACGGCCAAGAUGCUCAUCAAGGCUGAUCAGCACCACUUAGACCUGGCGGCCUUGCCCACCCCGGAGUCCACCCCAACACUGCAGCAGAAGCGGAAGCCCAGCCGCGGCAGCCGCGAGUGGGAGAGGAACCAGAACCUCAUCAAUGCGUGCACCAAGGACAUGCCCCCCAUGGGCUCCCCCGUGAUCCCCACGGACCUGCCCCUCCGGGCCUCCCCCAGCCACAUCCCCAGCGUGGUGGUCCUGCCCAUCACGCAGCAGGGCUACCCGCAUGAGUACGUGGACCAGCCCAAAAUGAGCGAGGUGGCCCAGAUGGCGCUGGAGGACCAGGCGGCCACCCUGGAGUAUAAGACCAUCAAGGAGCAUCUCAGCAGCAAGAGUCCCAACCACGGGGUGAACCUCGUGGAGAACCUGGACAGCCUGCCCCCCAAAGUCCCCCAGCGGGAGGCCUCCCUGGGCCCUCCGGGAGCCUCCCUGUCUCAGAACGGCCUGAGCAAGCGGCUGGAAAUGCACCACUCCUCCUCCUACGGCCUUGACUAUAAGAGGAGCUACCCCACGAACUCGCUCACGAGAAGCCACCAGGCCACCACUCUCAAAAGAAACAAUACUAACUGCUCCAAUUCCUCCCACCUGUCCAGAAACCAGAGCUUUGGCCGGGGAGACAACCCGCCCCCCGCCCCGCAGCGGGUGGACUCGAUCCAGGUGCACGGCGCGCCGCCCUCCGGCCAGGCCGUGACUGUUUCGCGGCAGCCCAGCCUCAACGCCUACAACUCGCUGACGAGGUCGGGGCUGAAGCGCACACCCUCGCUAAAGCCGGACGUACCCCCCAAACCCUCCUUUGCCCCCCUUUCCACAUCCAUGAAGCCCAAUGACGCGUGUACAUAA